AUGAAGACCAACGGAGCUAUCCUUGAGUCUGACGUUUCCCAUAAUCGGGCCUCUCCUCAGGUAUUUCACUGUUCCUCGCGUCACUGAGUCGUGGGUGAGGUGCUGCAUAAGACUUCUGGCGUUCAAUCAUAUACUCGUAAGACUUCUAGAGUUUAAUCAUAUACUGUUGUAGGCUGUGCUGGUCCAGUGUUGAUGGGCCUAGUCCCCGUGCUCCCAGCACUACCUCUUCCACAAUGCGCUUGGGCUGGGCGGAGGCGGGGCUCGAACCAAAGUCCUUCCAAAUAGCAUGUGGCGCCGCAACCACUGUGCUAUCCGCGCUCUGCAUAACCCCUUUCAAAUUUUUUUGAUACAGGCCCAGUCCAGCCUAUCCCAGCUUAGCCUAGCCCAGCCCAGCACGGCCCAGCCCGGCCCGGCCCGGCCAAGCCUAGCCCAGCCCAGCCCAGCCCAGCCCAGCCCAGCCCAGCCCAGCCCAGCCCAGCCCAGCCCAGCCCAGCCUAGCCCAGCCCAGCCCAGCUCAGCCCAGCCUAACCCAACCCAGCCCAGCACGGCCCAGCCCGGCCCAGCCCGGCCCAGCCCGGCCCAGCCCGGCCAAGCCUAG